CGAGGACUGCUCUCCCUGGUCAGCCUGGAGGUCUGGCUUCCCAGUCAACAUGAAGGCUCUCCUUCUUCUCGGGAUUCUCUUCCUUUCCGUCAUUGUCCAGGGCAAGAUCUUUGAAAGGUGUGAGCUGGCCAGGACUCUGAAAGGACUUGGGCUGGGUGGCUAUAGAGGUGUCAGCCUGGCCAACUGGAUGUGUUUGGCCAAAUGGGAAAGUAAUUAUAACACAAAGGCUACAAACUACAAUCCCAGAAGCCAAAGCACCGAUUAUGGGAUAUUUCAGAUCAAUAGCCGCUACUGGUGUAAUGAUGGCAAAACGCCCAGAGCCGUGAACGCCUGUGGCAUACCGUGCAGCGAUUUGCUGAAAGAUGACAUCACUCAAGCUGUAGCAUGUGCAAAGAGAGUUGUCAGGGAUCCAAAUGGUAUUCGUGCAUGGGUGGCAUGGAAAGCACACUGCGAAAACCAAGAUGUCUCUCAGUAUGUUCGGAAUUGUGGAGUCUAACUGUGGAGUUUUCCUUCUGCAGCUCAUUCUGUUUCUUUUUCAUAUUAAGGGAGUAGUAGUAGUUGAGUGAAAGGUCACAUUACCAUCCUGUCAAACAAUAACACUUCUACAGAAGCAGUAACAAAAUAUGGUCUUUCUUCUAAAAGGCUUCAUGUUUAAGAAAUGUGUUUAUUAUUAUUUGAUAGCCUGUAAUAUUUUUCAGUUUGCUAAUAGAAAUAAUGCUGGUGAAAACUUAUCUAAAGUCUUGCCUAUCAAAUACAUCUCCAGUAUAUUCAGUUCUUAAAGAAAUAACCCCAACUUAAUCGUUAGUACUCCCCAAUAGUUCAUAAAAAUGUAACAAAAGAUUAUCUUAAAAACAAACUGAUCUUAGGCAAAACUCUAGUUGAAUAGGCAUCUGUUCGGUCAUCUCCAAAAGCAGUAAAAAACAAAAUGAAACAAAACAAAACAAAAAA